UCCAUCACGCACACACUCUCUCCGCACCACUCCAGCGCCCUUAAGCUCCCCGCCGCAGCCUCGCUCUCACCCAUCUCUGUAUUCGUCUCACUCGACCACUCCCUAAUGCGCCCUAGCCCUGGGUCAACCGCCGCCCGCUAAUCUCAGUCGUAAGGAUGCUAGGCAAACGCGUUUUCUCUCUCUCGCCCCACUGCCGCUCUUCCUCCUCGUGGCGUAGCGUCCACUGGCUGGGCGUUUCGUCCUCAUCUUUGCUGCCAGAGUCGUCUCUCUCACGGGGCCGCCAGCAUGAUAUGCUGCCACGAAAGAGCAGUAUGCGCAGACGGGUCUGCGAUAUUGGGAGAGCGGCAAUGUCGGGGAGCUGUUGCCCGACGCCCUGACCGUCGCUCACAUGGAGCAGCAGCGUGCUGAUCGGUCGGUUUGCCUCAAUAUCGAAGUAGCCGUACAGGCUGUACGUUUGCGUGUAGUCUUCCCAAGGACUUGCAGAUUCGGUAAGGCGGUCAUAGGGAGCUGCGCUUCUGCGUACUCAACCUCGUUGGAAUCCCACGGACCAUCGACGCGCUCCUCGAUGCUCGUCAGAUUUGAAUGGCUAGCGAGGAAGUCUGUGCAUGCCACAAGUGCGAAGUUCCAUCCAAAUGUGUGUAGGUGGGUGAGCUUGGGCAAGUUCCAGGUCCAAGACAUGUUCUUGAUCUGGCAGCUAUUCGGGUCGCAUAGUGGCCACUCAAAGUGUAGAGACUCGAGAUUCGGGUAUGCAUGCAAGAGGGUCUCAAUGGCAGUUCCAUCAUCGUCAUGUGCGCUCCUGGUAUCCAGCCGCAAGUCCUUCAGAGUCUCAUAUCUGCUUCCUGGGGGCGGAGGAGGUACGAUGGCCACCUUAUGGCAGAAGAAGUCAACGUGUAGCUUCUAUAAUGUGCUUGCGUGAGCUUAGAGUGCUGUCCAGAAAGAUUGCGGGUACGUGAGGUAUUCGCUUGUGUCUCGAGACGCAGGCCAAGAGAAGG